CCUAUCGCCCAGCUGUACAAUUCACACGACCCAUGACUUACGCACCGGUUUUUAUCGGUCCAUAAUACUUUCUACUCCAGGCAUCAUCCGAACACGAUGAUUUGUAAGGCAGCAGUCGCGUUUCUUGCGUGUCUUGUGUGUGCGGAAAGUUUCACACCCUUAAAUAUCCCAAAUUAUUUUCCACCACCUUCUCGGAGAGCUGGCGGCAGCAGUAAUACAGUUGUUGCAUUUUCUGCCGGACUUACCAAUACGACUCAGUCACAUGUUGCCACCAACGUAACGUAUGACAGAGUGUUUGUGAACGGAGGAAACGGGUACAACAACCAAACAGGAGUCUUCAAGGCCCCUCUUGGCGGGACCUACGUGUUCAUGUUCCACGCUCUUUCCCAAUCCAACCAGCCACUCCGGCUUGAUCUCUACCAUAACCUUGAUUACAUAGCAACGGGAUAUGCGCACGCAGUUCAUGAUUACGCCACGUCAAGCAAUGCUGUCGUCCUAACCAUUGAUAGAGGAGAUGCUGUGUAUAUCCAGGCCAGGGGAGAUAACUUUGUGUACGGUCAGCCCGACGAAGUAUAUUCAACUUUCAACGGUUUUCUUCUGUUUCCAUCAAAUUCAUGAUUGCUAUAUUGGAAAUGUCCCCAAAGCUUCAAAUACAGCUUAUUAAACCUUGCUUAC